UCGAAUGGGAUGAGACUCUUGGACGGAGCGGGAGGGCGGGAGUGCGAUGCCGUUCUUGACGAGGCCUUCCCGGCAGGAGGACUACAGGGCGUUCCCUUCCGACCGCCCCAUCGUCAUCGACAAUGGUGCCUUCAACUGUCGCAUCGGAUGGGCCGGAGAGUCCGAUCCUCGAAUCGUCUUCCGUAAUGUACUUCAGAGGCCACGCCACAAAGCUACGGGUGAGAGCGUCAGCAUCGUCGGUGAUCAUGAUCCUGCUCUCAUGAAGUACUUUGACUUCACGCGUUCUUCUCUUCGGUCUGCUUUCGACUCCAAUGUCGUUUAUCAGUUUGAGACAAUGGAAUAUAUCCUUGAUUAUGGAUUUGAGCGAAUUGGUGCUGAUGGCCCAGGAGUGGAUCAUCCUGUCUUAAUUACAGAAUGUGCAUGCAAUCCCGUUCAUUCUCGCAGUAAAAUGGCUGAGCUCCUGUUUGAGACUUACGACGUACCAUCUAUAGCAUUUGGCGUUGAUGCAGCAUUCAGUUAUAAGUAUAACCAACAUCUAGGGAUGUGUAAUAAUGAUGGAAUUGUCAUAAGCUCAGGAUUCAUGACAAGCCAUGUAAUUCCGUUUGUGAAAGGUGAGCCUGUUUAUGAAGCAUGUUGCAGAACAAACAUUGGGGGAUACCAUGUCACUGAUUAUAUGAAGCAGCUUCUUUCACUACAGUAUCCUUAUCAUAUGUCAAGUAUUACGUGGGACAAGGUUGAAGAUUUGAAGAUGGAACAUUGCUAUGUAGCUCUUGAUUAUGCUUCAGAAAUCAAGUUGUUUCAGAGUGGGACAAAGGAACCCGAGGAGAAAAUUAGAUGCUGGCAGCUUCCUUGGGUGCCGCCUCCAGUUGUGGAGGAGCCAUCAGAAGAGGAGUUGGCAAGAAAAGCUGCCAUUAAAGAAAAGCAGGGCCAGAGGCUGCGAGAAAUGGCUGCUGCUAAGAGGUCAUCCAGGAUAACAGACUUAGAAAAUCAACUCCAAGGGUUGAAGUUUCUUCUGUCUCAGUUGGAAAAGGUUGGGGAACAUGAACAUCAGUCUUUCCUAGAAGAAACUGGCUAUGCCAGUAAACAAGAAGUUGAGUCUGCCAUGAACAAAGUUAUGCAAUCUUUAAGAAAAGCUAAGGGUGAGCCUGCUGAAACUGAAGACAAAACUGAGAUUCCAGAAAGUCAGAAGUACCCUCUCCUUGAUAUACCUAAUGAGAUGCUAACCCCUGAGCAGUUAAAGGAGAAAAAGAAGCAAAUAUUCUUAAAGACUACAUCAGAAGGUCGACAAAGAGCAAAACAGAAGCGCUAUGAAGAGGAAUUACAGCGUGAAAGGAGAAACCAACAAGAUGAACUGAAACGCUUAGAGAAUCCAGAACUUUAUCUAGAGCAGCUACGUGCUAGGCAUAAAGAGCUUUCCAUGAAAGUUGAACAGAGGAAAAGAUUAAAGACAAAUGGUGCAAACAACAACGGCUCUACCAAUGCCUCAGGUGGGGUAGGACGCGGGGAGCGAUUGAGCGCAGCUCAGAGGGAAAGGAUGCGCCUGUUAACAACUGCAGCAUUCGACAGGGGAAAAGGGGAGGACACUUUUGGUGCCAAGGAUGAAGAUUGGCAACUCUACAAAUUAAUGAGCAAAGACAAUGAUGAUGACGAUGAUGGGCAAGAUGAAGAUGAAGCUGAGUUAUCUCGUAUCACAUUGAGACUUCAGGAUCUAGAUCCCACUUUUGUGCUGAAUGCAAGCGCAGGGACCUCACAGCCUGUGGCAGAGGUUCCGAAGUUCCGUCCUCUCACAGCAAAAGAUUUCCAGAUAAAUCUUGGGGUUGAAAGGUUUCGAUGCCCAGAGGUUCUUUUUCAGCCACACAUUGUUGGAGUAGACCAAGCUGGUCUUGAUGAGAUGGUUGGGAUCUCACUCCGAAGGCUCUCAUUGAAUGACUUAGCAGAGUCGAUGUGCAAUUCAAUCCUUGUCACAGGGGGGAGCUGCACCUUCCCCAGCAUAGAAGCAAGGCUGCAUGCUGGAAUCACCAAACUCCGGCCAUUUGGAUCAUCCAUAAGAAUCGUAAAGGCUUCAGACCCCAUUCUGGAUGCUUGGCGUGGGGCUGCACAUUAUGCUGCCUCAGGCCAAUUCUCUGAACAGACUUUCACUCGACAGGAUUAUUAUGAGAAGGGGGAAGACUGGUUAAGGAAAUACCAGUUCAGAUACGCUUUGUAGCCGGAUGAAAUAUGGAAGAAAAUCCAAUAGGUAAAGGGAAUAACCUGUUGAGAUCUCUGAGGAUGCAGGUGGGUGGGUUGUGCUUUGGCAGCAUCUGACUCGCUGACUGUCAUCCGUGGUCUAACCGUGAGCCAACCGUUCCUUGGAUGCUAAAUCUGUGCCUGUUCCAGGUCAACUUGUGAAGGUGGUGGGCCAAGUUCUAGCGUAGGGCCCAGGAGAUCUUUGUGGUUCUGAUAACUGGAGGGGUGGAGGUACAUGGUGUGUUUAUUCUACACUCGCCCGUUGACAGAAAACUUGGGGCAACCGGUGUUAUUCCUUCUGAACUAAACUAGUGAAACGCUAUAUAAACUUGUCCUGGGAAUGCAUUUCAUCCUGUAUCAUCUGUAUGAAACACAUUAUGGUACAUCUUUUGUCUCCUUCGAUGAUAUAGAAUCUGCCAGGAACGCCACUAUUUAAUGGACCUGGUAUGGAA